AUGAAUACUGCUACUACUACUUCUAGUUUAAAUGAUGAGGAAUUAAGCACAAAAUCGAUUGAAAAAAUAUCUAACAUAGAAGAAGAAGAAGUAGAUGAAGGAGUAGGAGGAAGGGGAGGAGAAAAAAUCAAUAAUGAUUCAUUGAAUGAUACAAAUAUAAUCUCUGAAACUGGUGAUAUCAUGAAUAAGAGUAGUUCUAUACAGUCUGAUUAUUAUUCAUCAUCGAACACUAAAGAAGAUGAAUCAUCGUCAUCAUCAGUUUUGAAAGUAUUCAAUAUAGCUGUUGAAGGAGAAGAAGAAGAAGAAGGGGAAGGGGAAGGAGAAGAAAUUCCACAGCACAACACUGAACAUAUAUAUUACCUCCCAUUGGCGAUAGGCAGUUCGAAUACAUCUCCAGAAAUUUUAGGCAAAGAGUUUCUUUCUAUCACGGAAUCCCCGCCACAAACUAGUACAGAUAAAAUUCUACGUGAUCUAGGGAAAUCACUUAUCAAUAAAGCUGAGAGUAUAGUAGGCAGUGAAAGAAAAGAUGAAGGCGAGAUUAUCAGCGCGACAACAGAGGCCUCCAGUACUGAUGCUACUAUGAUUACUACUAUGGCUAAUACUAUUGAUACAAUGGCAAAUAUUACGACUGGAAGUACACCGAUUACUGGUACAACAACUCCAACGACGACGACAAUGGCGACGACACCUACUCCAGCUAAUGUUAAUCCCAAAGUGGACCUAAUCACAGUGAACUUAUUAAAUUCCGAUGUUAUUCCAGAUAGUAUAGCUCAACAAUUUAAUCAAAUAGCUAAGUUGAAUAAAAGUAGUCUAUGCAGCAGGCGUACAGUGAAAACAACCUCUUCAAAACUUCAUCCUUUAUCAGAUAUAAAACGUCAAGCAAGUUUUGAAGAAACUCCAAACACAGAUCCGACAUCGACUUCUUCUGAUGUCGAUAUAACUAGACUACCGACAUCAAGUAGUAGUAGUAGUAGUACACAAAGAAAGCAUACAUCAGAUUCACAUAAAUCUUUACAAAAAGGUUUACUCAAGGAUACAUAUCAUGCAAGAUUUCAUAGUGAUGAUAUUACAACACUACAGGAUUAUGGAAUUAAACCACAAACACACAGUAGUACUGAUGCAGAACAGAUGAAUUCAGGAAGCAAUGAACUCGGUAAUAAUAAUCCCAAUGCUUUGUCUGAACAAAUACCUAUGAAAAAUAGAAGUAGUAAUGUAUUUCGGAGUAAAAGUGCAUUGAGUACUAUACCGACGGCUAGAAGAGAACAACGUUUUAAGCCAGGUGCUCAAUCAGAGCCUAGUUCACAGGGGACUGAUUCAGUUUACAGGCAAUCACCAUUAUUGGCAAGUGAAAAUUUGUUACAUUCACAAGGUCAGAGUAGUGGUCUUACAGGAUCAGAAGAAGGUUCUUCAAGUUCAUUACCUUCACUGGAUACUGGGGGUAGUAGUUCAACUGGUGGAGGAUGUAGCAGUGGGCAUACACAAGCAGAUCAAGAAGAACAAACUACUGGAGACAAGUUGAAUUCAAACAAUUCUACAGCCUUACAUUCCCCUUCUAAGUCAAUAAAAGUUGAAAUUGACAAUGAUAAACGUGGAUUGCAAAGUCCUCAACUCCCCCACACUGAUGAUACAAAAGAGUCCCAAUCUGAAAAUCUAUCAAAUUUGGCAGCUGAUAGAACAGCAUUAGUUUUGUCAAGAAGACGUCAUACAGUGAAGGAAUUAAUUCAUGUCGAAAAGGAAUAUGUCAGUGCACUGACCACUUUAGUUAAUGUUUAUAUGAUCCCAUUAAAACAAGAGAAAAUAUUAGAUGAUCAACAAGUGGAUACGAUAUUUUUUAAAGUUCAAGAAUUACUCAUGUAUCAUAUGAGUUUUUUGAAUACCCUUCAAAUGUGGGAGUUGACAAAUACAGUCGGUGAUAAAUUACUUGAUAUGUUCUCUCGAGAAGCUGUGGCUAUGUGCUACUGUUCAUUUGUAGAUAAUUUCGCCAAUUCUGAAAAGACUUUAGAAGCUUGUUGGAAUACAAAAUCAUCAUUUCAAAAGUUUUGUGAAAUGAAAUUACGAAUGAAUCGUAACAAACUUCCACUGAAAGCCCUUCUUGUACAACCUGUUCAACGGAUUCCACGAUAUGAACUUCUAGUGAAACGUCUGCUAGAAUCUACUCCAAAAGAUUAUUCUGAUCAUGCCUUAUUAGUUGAAGCAGAAAGUGCUAUACACCGACUAGCCUUAAGAGUGAACGCCGUACAUGCUGCUGGAGAAGAUGAAAAUAUUGUCGAUGGUAUUAAACUGAUUGAGAGACUUUUAGCACCAGCAACCCUCACACCAAAUCGUCAAUACGUUCGACAUGAUAUUGUUUCUAUAGAAGAACGCAAAGAUCCUGUCUGUAUAUUCAUGUUUACAGAUCAAAUUGUUUUUACUGUGGCAAGACGUAGAGGAAGUCAAGUUGUCAAAAAGCCGUUAUUUCUCCGCCUACAAUCUAUCCGUGGAGUGGAUGCUAUUGAAAAUAUCAAGUAUAAGAUAUAUCAUCGCUUGAGUAUUGAAGCUAUAGAACUUGAAUCACAUUCAGAUAUUGGUAUGGAACCAACUGGACAGCAUAGAGAAGUAAAGGAUAAAAAAGAUUUGGCACUGUUAGCUGAAAUUGAAAAUAUCUCAGCAAAAUUAGAUUAUCGACAUUAUGAUCUCGAUGCUGUAGUGCGUAGAAUGUAUCUAUCGAUUCAGAAAGAACUUGAAGAUUUACGCACAGCAAGGAAUGCAGCUACACCGAUGCCCGGUAAUAUUUCUAUUUUUACAGCUACUAGCAAAGAAGGUAUUGAACGCUAUGAAGUUAUGUUUCCGAAUAGUGCAAAACGUAGAGAAUGGGAACGAACAGUCCUGGAACUGAAAAGACAGUUAAGUUCUGUCAAACGUACGGCAAGAUUUAACGAAGCUAUUCAAAUCCCUCGUACACUACCUGGAAUUCAGCUCUCCUGUGCAUCUGUCAUCGAAGCAUCUCCUGUUAUGACUGAAGGAUCAUGUGAUGUUUGGAUAUGUGCAUCAGAUGGUUAUACUGGUUAUAUCUGCCUUUUCACUGCUCAUCCAAAGCCUAGUAUCUAUUUUAAUAUUCCAUUGUCUGGUUGUACUUCAAGAAUCACGUGUAUAUGCGCUAUACCUGGAUUCAUUCAUCCUGGAAUGAGACGAACAUCCUACAGUCUUGGAAGCCAAAGUAUGCGUUCACGAUGUACUGUAGAGAAGAAACGUUCAGUCACAGCAGAUCCACCACUCCUUGAAGUGGAACAAUCAGCCCUUGAAGAAAGCAGUUCACAAUCAAAAUCACCCGAAACAGCAAAAAAGGAAAAAGAAGAUGAUACUGGUCGCAAAGAAGAAACACAUUUAGAUAUUACUUCGCAUAAGACACAAGAAAUGACAUCACAGGAAUUAAUUGAAAGAAAGGACAGUAUUUCACAGGAUAUAAGUUCUGGUUCACAUUCAACUACUCCACCAGACACGCCAACCAAUACAGAAUCCACACUCAAAUUAUCCGAUGUCGAUGAAUCUAAAACAGACGAUGAUCUUCAAGCGUCUAAAACUUCUGGUGACCUUGUCGAAUCUAAGACAACUGAAACACAAGUAGAAAAUGAGUCGAAAAAUCAAACAGACGGUCAUCAGCCUAAUACAUCAGAAAGUAUAAAACCUGAUUCACAAGAAGCUGGGAAUUCAGUUGUCGCUAUCACUUAUGCAUUCGAUGCUGAUGAUCCGACAUCGAAUGAAUCCGACUCUUCAGAUAUCAGUGAAACUGAAGGUGAAGGUAACCAGCAGAUUACUGCUGAAAAUGUAUCAGAUAACUCUUCUUCCAAGGAGACUGACACAAAUAUGAAAUCGAAUGUAGAAAACAAGAAAAAAGAAGGAUAUUUAAACUGUCAAGGAAAGAACAAUUAUCUUAGCAGACCAGCCCAACCAUUGAUGUGGUUAGGUACGGAAGAAGGAAGCAUUUUCAUGUUCUAUGCAACUGACAAUUUGAAGACAAGUAGAUUACGCCAAAAAAUCAGUUUAUCCCACGCUAUCAACAGUAUCCUGCACUUCGAUGUACACAUUUUUGUUGCCUGUGCAAACGGUCACCUAUUUGUAUACAAACGGAAUUCAGAUGGACUAUGGGAUGUUGAUAAUCCAGUACAAGUGAAGCUACAACCAGGCUCAAAUGAACCGGUUAUUGUAAAGCGUAUGUUAGCUGUAGCUGGAAAGAUAUGGUGUGCUGCUCACCGUUCAAUAUUCAUUUUAAAUCCAACAACACUGAAUUCAGAGCUUACAUUUCCGUUGAAUGGUAAUUAUGCUGAUCCAAGAGGAAUUCAACUGAUGGCCUAUGGAAAACAAACUGUAUGGUUAGCUACAGAAAACAGUUCACGUAUAAGUUUAUAUCAUGCAACCAGUGGAGAAUUUCUAAUGGAAAUUGAUCUGAAACCUGUUGUACUUGAAAGAUUACAAGAUUGUGAUGAAAUUAUUAUGAGACAUAAAGAAGCCUGUCUAAGGAUUACAUGUCUUACAGUGUGCAAAGAUUUACUAUGGGCUGGUACAAGUGCAGGAGUUAUUGUCACUGUAGCCAUCCCAAAAGUUGGUACUGGAACUACACAUGAAAAUGUUAAACAACCACAAUUAGAAACUUUACCUCAUGGACAUAUAGGACAAGUACGCUUUUUAGUUACUUUAGACAAUAUAGUUGACGAUGAAAAUAUUAGUGAAAAAGAAUCCUUAAAAAGUCAAACUACUCCAGUGAAUACAACCACUCAAUCAUUAGACAUAUCAAAUCAGACAACGACUUUGAGUACAGCAAACGUAUCAACAACCACAGCGACGACAACCCCGACUACAGCAACAACAACACCUACCACUGCCAGCACUACAGAAUCGUCUUCAGUCAAUCAUCCACGAACAGCUACACUAAGUCAAGCUGGACAGUUGUCUCGACAUCAUUUUGCAGCUAGCCGUAGAGCAUCAGUAAAUCCGUGUACUACAAUUGCUACCAAAAUGAAAGUGAUCAGUGGCGGUGAAGGACGUGAAGAAUUUAUUAAGAAAGAUUUAUCCUCUAUAGGUGGAAUCAAUGAUAUGAAUAAUAGCUCAUAUAUUAAUAUUGGUGAUGAUGACAGUGAUAAUUAUGUUCUUAUAUGGGAUGUACAAUAG